AUGCGAAGUAUUCGUGCCAACAUUGAGUCAUUACUAGAUGAACACAAAACAGAGUUAAACGCCAUGAAUUUGGCCGUAGCUCAUUCUCUGGGAAGGUACAAAGUAAAGUUCAAUCCUGAAAAGAUAGACACUAUGAUCGUACAGGCAGUUUCUCUUCUGGACGACUUAGACAAAGAGUUGAAUAAUUACGUAAUGAGAUGCCGAGAAUGGUACGGAUGGCAUUUCCCGGAGUUGGGGAAAAUUAUUCAAGAUCAUCAAGCUUUUGCAAAGGUAAUUAAAGCCGUUGGUAUGCGACAAAAUGCUGUAAACGUUGAUCUUUCUGCCAUUCUCCCCGAAGAACUCGAAGCGAAGUUGAAAGAGGAGGCUGAAAUCUCGAUGGGCACGGACAUCUCUGAACUGGAUCUCAUACAUAUCAGUGGCUUGUGUGAUCAGAUAAUCGAACUAUCUCAGUACAGGGCACAGCUCUUUGACUACCUCAAAAACCGAAUGACUGCUCUGGCGCCCAAUCUAACGUGCCUUCUCGGUGAACUUGUUGGCGCUCGGCUCAUCUCGCAUGCCGGAUCUCUCGUUUCCUUAGCUAAGGCACCUGCAUCUACUGUUCAAAUUCUUGGUGCUGAGAAGGCUCUGUUUCGUGCCCUAAAAACCAAAAAGGAUACUCCUAAAUAUGGUCUCAUAUAUCACGCUCAGCUGAUCACGCAAGCUCCUGCCAAACUGAAAGGAAAGAUGGCUCGCAAACUUGCCGCGAAAUGUGCUCUCGCAACACGAAUCGACGCUUUAGCAGAUGAAUCGAAAGGACCUGAAGUGGGAAUGGAAUGCCGAGCUGGUCUCGAAGCUGUUCUUCGCGGAGAGCUAGAGCGUGGACCGAAGAGAAUAAGUGGUGCUUCCCAUAAGCAUGAAAAGUACCACUUCAAGAGCGAAACAUUUGAAUAUGACGCCACUAAUGAUGCUCCCAAGAAGCCUGUUAAGCGGCGGUUCGGAGAUGAUGAUCAAGAGCCGUCAUCGAAAAGGGUUAAGGUAGAAGAGGUUGAGGAAGCCGAAGAGGCUGUAGCUGUUCCCAAAUCA